UCUUGAGCUACAUAUAUAAACCCUUUGUGGAUUUUGAAAUUAACAUCUCAUUGCCUUUUUGGGUUUUGCAUGAACUUUCGAGUUUGUCAAUUUCAGUUAGCCAGAGAGCUAGCUUGUGAGCAGAAUGAGGAUCAAAAUUCUUCUUGCAGCAAUUCUGAUAUGGGACUUGACAUGCGGUUUAGGCUUCAACGUAUAUGCUGAUAAUAUGGUCAGGAUUGAGCUAAAAAAACAAUCUUUGGACCUUAAUAGCAUAAUGGGUGCAAGAAUCUAUGUCAAAGAUCAGAGUGGUUCCAAUAGAAACUUGGCUUCUCUCAAUGACCAGAUUAUUUACUUGAAAAAUUAUCGGGAUAUCCAGUACUUUGGGGAGAUUGGUAUUGGUUCACCGCCCCAACACUUCAAUGUUGUGUUUGAUACUGGCAGUUCCAAUCUUUGGGUCCCAUCCUCGAGAUGCUUCUUCUCGAUUGCAUGUUAUCUUCGUUCUAGGUACAAAUCAAGACGAUCGAAUACAUAUACAAAAAUUGGAACGCAUUGUAAAAUCCCUUUUGGUGCUGGAUCAGUGUAUGGAUUCUACAGCCAAGACGAUACAAAAGUUGGAGGUGCUAUCAUAAAGCAGCAGGUUUUCACUGAGGUAACACGAGAAGGAUAUUUCACAUUCUUGGGUACACGAUUUGAUGGAGUACUAGGACUUGGAUUUCAAGGCUCAGAAUCAAGUAGCGUCGCACCAAUAUGGCAGAACAUGUUGCUUCAGGAAAUAGUUACCAAGUCAAUCUUCUCAUUCUGGCUAAAUCGAGAUCAUACCUCUAUGAUAGCUGGUGAAAUUCUCUUUGGAGGCAUGGAUUGGACUCACUUCAGGGGUCAACAUACAUAUUUCCCAGUUUCUAACAAUGGUUAUUGGGAGAUUGAGAUAGAGGAUCUUUUUAUAGGGAACAAUUCAACAGGCAUUUGUAAGGGUGGUUGUCCAGCUAUUGUGGAUACUGGAACAUCUUUCAUUGCUGGUCCAACUACUAUUUUAACUCAAAUAAAUCAUGCUAUUGGAGCGGAAGGGAUUGUUAGUUCGGAAUGCAAAUAUGUUGUCUCGAAUUAUGGGAAUUCGAUUUGGGAACGCUUGGUUUCAGGAUUACUUCCCGAUCAUAUUUGCCACAGAAUUGGGCUUUGUACAUAUAAUGAGACUUUAGGUGGAAGUCAUGAACCCCGAAGUUCAAAGUCACAAAAGCUAAAAAAGGAUGGUCUCUGCUCUUUUUGUGAGAUGGCGGUGUUCUGGAUUCAAGUGGAAAUCAGAAAAGAGAGCACAAAAGAAAUAGCAAUUGGAUAUGCCAAUCAGCUGUGUGAGAAGUUUCCAAGUCCUGGAGGAAAAUCAUUUAUGAACUGUGAUGUCUUUUCCCUGCCACAUAUAACAUUUACCAUAGGGGACAAAUCUUUCCCCCUUUCUCCGGAACAGUAUGUUAUCAAAGUUGAAGACAGCCUAGGUGUUCGCUGUUUCAGUGGAUUUACAGCUUUGAAUGUGCAUCAGCAACGUCCACUCUGGGUUCUUGGAGAUGCAUUCUUGAGAGCAUACCACACAGUUUUUGAUUUUGGCAAUAGGCAAAUUGGAUUCGCAGAAAGUGCUUAGAGUGGUUUCAAGAGUUAUGACAAAAUGUCUUGGUUUUCCCCAGUUACAAAGACACUGUACUGUUACUACUCAAAAUUUGUUUGGUUUUGCAACUUCUGAUGUUUUGAAUAAAACCUCUACUCUAUGUUCCUACCCUUUGUUCUUCUUCAGUCAUUUGUUAAUUUGUCACUCUAGUUCAAAGUCCGUGAUGAUGAACACUGGACAUUGAAAUACUAUUUUUGGAAUAGAUAAAUAAUUCAGAUAUCACAAUUUACUUUUCUGA